CUGCUUUUCCUCACCGGCUGAACCUUUUUUACUUGGCCAAUGAUGUCAUACAGAACUGCAAGAGGAAAAAUGCCAUUGUUUUUAGGGACACCUUUGCAGAGGUGCUUCCUGAGGCUGCUUCAUUAGUGAAGGACCCAUCAGUUUCCAAAUCCAUCGAAAGAAUCUUCAAAAUCUGGGAGGACAGAAACGUGUACCCUGAGGAAACCAUUCUGGCCCUGAAAGAAGCACUGAGUACCACUUUCAAAACUCAGAAGCAGCUGAAAGAGUCUCUGAACAAACCGAAUAAGCCGUGGAAGAAAUCACAAACCUCCACCAACCCCAAAGCUGCUCUGAAGUCCAAGAUUGUUGCUGAAUUCCGACCCCAGUCCCUCAUUGAUGAGCUGCUGCUGUACAAACGCUCAGAGGAUCAGAUAGAGCUCAAGGAGAAGCAGCUUUCCACUAUGAGGGUGGAUGUCUGCAGCACUGAGACACUCAAGUGCUUGAAAGAUAAAACAGGAGGGAAGAAGUUCUCCAAGGAGUUUGAAGAAGCAAGUUCAAAGCUGGAGGAGUUUGUCAAUGGUUUGGACAAGCAAGUGAAGAACGGCCCCUCGCUCACCGAGGCGCUGGAGAACGCUGGAAUAUUCUACGAGGCACAGUACAAAGAAGUCAAGGUGGUGGCAAAUGCCUAUAAAACAUUUGCUAACCGAGUGAGCAACCUGAAGAAGAAGCUGGACCAGCUGAAAGCAACCCUCCCUGAUCCCGAGGAGUCUCCUGUCCCUUCUCCCAGCAUGGAUGCUCCAUCUCCCACGGGCUCCGAGUCCCCUUUCCAGGGCAUGGGGGAGGAGAGCAGCACCCGCUCUCCCGCAGGACGCAAGGUGGUUUCUCCAGAGCCUGCCACAGAUAAUCGGGAUGUGGAGGACAUGGAGCUCUCUGAUGUGGAGGAUGAUACGUCUAAAAUCAUUGUGGAGGAGAGGAAGGACAAACAGGCAGCUCCAGCCCCGGCCCCUGCCAAGGCUGAGAGCGUCCCCAAAGCGGUGCCAUCGGCUGCUGCGGCCGCCACGGCCUCGGGGACAGCGGCCACGCCAGCCCCAGCCCCUCCAACUCCCCCAGCUCCAAAGGUGGUGAGCACAGCUCCCAUCCCUCUGGCACCAGCACUUGCCUUACCCAACCUGGCCAACGUGGACCUGGCCAAGAUCAGCUCCAUCCUGAGCAGUUUGACGUCGGUGAUGAAGAGCACAGGUGUGAGUCCCGCCUCGAGACCUUCGCCAGGGACCCCGACCAGCCCCUCAGCUCUCACCAGUGGCCUGAAGACUCCUGUCCUGGGAACCCCAUCUGCUCCUUCGAAUCCAUUAGCAAAUAUUCUCUCCAAAGUGGAGAUAACUCCGGAAAGCAUUCUGUCAGCUCUCUCCAAAACCCAGACUCAGACGGCGCCAGCGCUGCAAGGGCUGUCGUCCUUGCUGCAGAGCGUGGCUGGAAACGCCGUUCAGUCGGGAGAAGCUGCCUCACAGAGCACCUCGGCAUCGCCAGCCAACACAACCGUGCCGUGCUUGAAGGGGAGGAAUGUUCCUUCCAAUCCACAGCCCUUUAUAGCCAAAAGUUUUGGUUAUUCUCCAAACUCAACCACCGCAGAGGUUUCCUCCACUUCAGUCAAUAAGGCUCCCGUCGGACAUACCCCAGCACUGUCAAGCUCUGGUUUUAAGCCACCAACUAAUUCCCUGGGAUUUUCCAGUUCCCACCCUACCAGUCCUUCCUCCCUUUUGCCAACAGAAACCUCACUGAGUCAAUCCUCCGAAAUCUCAAAAGCCAAGCUGGAAUCAGAACCCCCUUCUCCCAGCUUGGAGAUGAAGAUACACAAUUUCCUGAAGGGAAAUCCUGGCUUCAGUGGCCUGAACUUGAAUAUUCCCAUCCUCAGCAGCUUGGGGUCCAGCAUGGCACCGGAGAGUCACAGCUCUGACUUCCAGCGUGGUCCCACCAGCACUUCCAUGGACAAUGUGGACGGGACGCCGGUGCGCGACGAGCGCAGUGGGACGCCCACCCAGGACGAGAUGAUGGACAAGCCAACGUCGAGCAACGUCGACACGAUCUCCCUGCUGUCAAAAAUCAUGAGCCCCGGUUCCUCAACUCCCAGCAGCACAAGGUCUCCUCUGCAGGGCCGGGAUGAUGGAUAUUCCCAAGAACUUCCCAGUUCCGUGCACGGCUACCGGCCCUUCGGCCUCGGCAGGGAGUCCCCGGCCGGCCUGUACAAGCCACCUGUGGACAGCAGGGAGAUGCCCUCCUCCUUGAUGGACUCCUCCCAGGAGAAGUUUUACCCGGAUACGUCUUUCCAAGAAGACGAGGAUUACCGUGACUUCGACUACUCCGGGCCGCCGCCCUCGGCCAUGCUGAACCUGGAGAAGAAGCCGGUCAAGUCUAUCCUGAAAUCGAGUAAACUCCCCGAUUCUGCAGAGUACCAGCCAGUGCUGUCCAGCUACGGGCAGCGCUCGCAGGAGUUUGGUGUGAAGCCAUCCUUCCCCCCAGCCAUGAGGUCCAUCCUGGAUCAGAGUGAGAGCUGUGACCCGCUGGCCUCGUCCCCAGGGAUGUUUGGGAGCUACGGCCGCCGGGGGAAGGACUCGGCCUCGGACGGGUCCCCAUCUCCCAGCAAGAACGACGUGUUCUUCACG